AUGUCAACAUCAGAUGGGAAUCCGUACAAUCUAGGAGAAACUUGUUUCGAAGAGUGUUCGGAUGAUGAAGGUACAGAGUGUUCGGAUGAAGAAGAUACAGAGUGUUCGAAUAAAGGUGCGGAGUAUUCGGAUGAUGAGGUUACAGAUUGCUUGAAUGAUAAGGGUAUAGAGCGUUCAAACAAUGAAGGUAUAGAGCGUUCAAACAAUGAAGGUACAGAACGUUCGAAUGAUGAAGGAACUUGUUGCUGA